AUGUCCUCCUACAGACGUAAAUCCAAGCGGCUGAGAUCGAAUACAAGCCCAGUGAACCGGGACAACCAAGAGGAAAGGUCACGCAUAUUAACUCAGAUAGAAGCCUUGGAAUCAGAGAUUGUUGAAUUGCAGACUAAAAUCGAUAACGAGAGAAAAAAGAAGCAAGAACUUGUUAGCCCAACAAAUGACAUUAUACAACAUUUGAUACAAAUAAAUGAUCACGCUUUAAGAUCAUCUAUAAAUCUAAAGUCUGAAGAAGAGUAUAGGACUUCCGGUUUUUACUUGAUGAAAAGGAAGGCCCAGUGGCCGAUGCUGAUAAGGCUGUCCAGCUUUACCAAGGUACAAUUCUCGAAGGUGACCAAUUAUUUGGUAACAGCCGCCGAUGGACACCACAUAAGGCAUUACAUACUCUCGGGUGCCUCUUAUGGAUUGCAUUUUUCUGUUGAUUUCGAUGCCGACGAAACCGAAUCAUGCAUCCAAACACUAAGAAUAAAAAUCGGAGAAAGCAUAAAAGCAGAAAUAGCAAAGUUUGUAGCAAGAAACCUCUUUGGGUUCUUUAAGGGCUUUGUUCAAUAUGCAAAAUUGAAUUACGAGCGCACUUCGCUGUUUGACGUUCUAAAAGGAAAAUACCCUGAUCUGAUCGCGUAUAAUGAUCUAACUCAUGGAAGGAACAUGUCCGAAAGUACUUCUGACGUGGGCAACAAAAUAUGCCCUUUAUUACGAUUCACCUUAAACAGUAGUCCCAAACAUCCCGAUAUAAUAUUUCUCUGGAGGAACAAAGUAUCGGACAAAGGGGAGAUAUUUCCUGAGCUAUUCUACUCCUUCUUCAAGACACUCGUUGGGCAGGUCGUGACGGUAGAACUUAAGAACGACCUUGCUAUUACCGGGGCCCUAGUGUCAGUAGAUCAGUUUUUAAACAUAAAAUUGGACAACAUUCGCGUCGUCGACCAGCAAAAGUAUCCUCAUAUGAUGGCAGUGAAGAAUUGUUUUAUAAGAGGAUCAGUAGUUCGCUACGUUCAGUUACCUGCGAAUGCAGUAGAUACGGCGUUGUUGCAAGAUGCUGCUCGGCGAGAAGCACAGCAACCUACGCCUGCACCACGUAUGAAAUAA